CAGUUACAAUACUGAGGGUGGAAAGAAUGCUUGGCUGACCUUGUCUCAUAAAAUACCAAGGCUACCAAGACCCCUGUCAUUGUGUGACCUCAUACAUCAGCCUAGAACGAGCUCCCUGCUCUCCGGACCAUCCAUUCACCAACCACCAUGCUGCUCAGUCUAACAUUAGCAGCUGUCUGCUUGCCCUUUUCCCAAGCAAACCAUCACGUCGAGAACUACCAAGCGCAUCUCAGCACAUUUGAAGAUGUCCCGGCUAAGAGAGUCGCCAUAAUAGGUGCCGGCGCCGGCGGCUCGUCCGCCGCUUACCAUAUCUCGCAAUAUGCAGCCGAAGCAAACAUUCCGACCAACGUUACGGUGUUCGAGCGAUCGGCGUACGUCGGGGGGCGCAGCAUGACGGUGAACGUAUGGGACGCGCCAUCCUUGCCUGUGGAGCUGGGCGCCAGCAUAUUCGUCUCCGUGAACAAGAUCUUAGUGGACGCGGUGACGCGGUUCAACCUCUCGACCGCAGGCUACGACUCGUUUGACGGCGAUGCCGGCACCUGGCAGGACGACAAGUUCGGGAGCGGCGACUUCAUUGGCAUUUGGAACGGGGACGAGUUUGUCUUUACUGGCAGCGAUGACUUUGGCUGGUGGGAUAAGACGAAGCUGGUCUGGCGGUAUGGGCUUGCGCCGCUGCGGACGGUGCAGCUGAUGAAGAAGACGGUGGGUAAAUUUUUAGAAAUGUAUGCCGCGCCGCACUUCCCGUUUAAGAGCUUGUCGGACAAGGCGCAUGAGUUGGGGCUGGUGGAGGCGAGUGCGGCGACGGGGGAGGAGUUUUUGAGGAAGAAUGGCAUUGGUGAGAAGUUUGCGCGUGAAGUGGUGCAGGCGAGCACCCGCGUCAACUACGCGCAGAACCUUCCCAUGAUCAACGGCCUCAUCACUAUGGUCUGCAUGGCCACUGACGGCGCCAUGGCCGUUGCCGGCGGCAACUGGCAGAUCUUCGCCAACAUGCUGAAAGCCAGCAGCAACACCUCCGCACACCUUAACACGACGGUCAGCGCGCUCACGAAGCAAUCCGACGGCAGCUACACACUGGCGCACAAAACGACGACGGCCAACGGCGUCUCGACCACGCAAGAAGAGCGCUUCGACAGCGUCAUCAUCGCCGCGCCAUACCAGUUCGCCGACCUAGCCAUCACGCCCGAGCCCGAGCACGUCCCAGACACAGUGCCCUACGUAACGCUGCACGUGACGCUGUUCACGUCGCCGCACGCGCUCUCGCCCACGGCAUUCAACCUGCAGGCGGGAGCGCGCGUCCCGCAAGUCAUCCUGACGACGCUGGGUGCGGACGAGUCGCCGCGCGGCUCCGCGCGCUUCCCCGGCCGCGCCGGCUUCUUCAGCAUCAGCGACCUGCGGCGUGUGCGGCACCCGGGCUCGGCCGCCAUCCCGGCCGGCCGCGCCGAGCAUUUGUACAAGGUGUUUUCGGCGGAGCCGCUCAGCGCAGCGUUCAUGGCGAAGAUCUUGGGCCGGCCUGAACCGCUUGAGGACGAGGAGUACGAGUUGCCCGAGACGGAUGUGAGCUGGGUUUAUAGGAAGGUGUGGCACAGCUAUCCGUAUGAGUUUCCGCGCGUCACAUUCGAUGAGGUCAGGUUGGAUCGCGCGCUGUGGUAUACGGGUGGCAUUGAGCCGUUUAUUAGCACCAUGGAGACGAGUGCGUUGAUGGGGCGGAACGUGGCGAGGUUGGUGGUGGACGAGUGGGAAGAGGAGGAAUUGAAGAUGGGGAGGGUUCGCGAGGGCGGGGCGGAGCAAGCGCUGUAAGCUGGGCUGUUCCGAAGUGUCAAGAGAUGGUAUGGUCUGGUCUGGUCGGGGUGGAGACAGAAUGGUUCGUGCAGUGCAGUGCAGUGCAUGCAGCCGCAUGUAGGCAUCUGCCCACGAACCAUCUGUCCACCCCCAGCACGAACAUCACACACAACAUCGCUAUUUAGAAUCGCGCAACCCACCAUUCUUAUCCUCAGCUCAGCGCUCACGUCCCCCUCCUCUUGCUCGACAUUCCCCUGCCCAACUUUGUUUAUCCUAACCCAAACCAAACAGCAAUUCCAGCAUCCAUCCUCCAGCCCAUAGAAAUUACAUUUGAGGAUCGCGCAGGAGGCGGGUCCAUUGCAUGCCAGGUUGGGUAGGAGCGGAAUGGCGCGAUCUUGGCGCUUGGCGCUUGGCGGGCGGAGGGAGUGGGUGGGGAGAGCGAUGUGCUCGGG